CUGUGCGUGGCCCGUCUGCAGGCUGCACUGGGGCAGCAUCAAGUCUCAAGUUCAGAGUCUCAUCUGAAUCCGAUACGGUUAAGACUGGAGGUGUGAUUCAUCCUGAAGCAGAAUUCCUCUCCAGCUGUGAACUUAUGACACCAGACAAGUUAGAAGGUUUCAAAAUACAGUGGUGGGACAGACAUGGGAUAGACGUUUCCAUUCCAAAAGGGAUUCAUCGGAAAGAGGAAAGAGGUCACAGGUUCCAGAGACUGAUGGAGAGGCAGAGACGGAAAGCGGACAUCGAGAAGGGGCUGCAGUUCAUUCAGUCGACCCUACCCCUGAAGCAAGAAGAAUAUGAGGCCUUUCUGCUCAAGCUGGUGCAGAACCUGUUUGCUGAGGGCAAUGACCUGUUCCGAGAGAAGGACUACAAGCAGGCACUGGUGCAGUACGUGGAGGGGCUGAACGUGGCCGACUACGCCGCCUCUGACCAGGUGGCCCUGCCCCGGGAGCUGCUGUGCAAACUGCACGUCAACAGGGCUGCCUGCUACUUCACCAUGGGCCUGUAUGAGAAGGCGCUGGAGGACAGCGAGAAGGCACUGGGCCUGGACGGAGACAACAUCCGGGCACUGUUCCGCAAGGCGCGGGCCCUGACCGAGCUGGGGCGCCACAAGGAGGCCUACGCGUGCAGCAGUCGGUGCUCCCUGGCCCUGCCCCACGAUGAGAGUGUAACUCACCUUGGUCAGGAGCUGGCUCAGAAGCUUGGUCUGCGAGUUCGGAAGGCGUAUAAGAGGCCCCAGGAAUUGGAAACCUUUUCUCUGCUCAGUAACGGCACUGCGGCUGGUGUGGCAGAUCAGGGAUCUUCCAAUGGAUUGGGGUCCAUAGAUGACAUCGAAACAGACUGCUACAUGGACCUGCGAGGCUCCCCGGCCCCCCUCCCCUCCCCACCCCCCAUGCCCCUCUUCCCUCAUGUUCUGGACCUGCUGGGCCCCCUGGACAGCAGCAGCGGGGCCCUCCCCGGCACCGAGAGUCUGGAUGACUUCUCCGAUGGGGACGUCUUCGGUCCGGAGCUGGACACCCUCCUGGACUCGCUGUCUCUGGUGCAGGGCGGCCUGCCUGGCAGCGGCGUGCCCAGCGAGUUGCCCCAGCUGAUACCCGUGUUCCCCGGCGGGACCCCGCUGCUGCCACCUGUGGUGGGCGGCUCCAUCCCCGUCUCCAGCCCACUGCCCCCUGCCUCCUUCGGCCUUGUCAUGGACCCCUCCAAGAAGCUGGCUGCCUCGGUGCUGGAUGCCCUCGAGCCGCCAGGCUCGGCGCUGGACUCCCUGGACCUGCUGCCGUACUCGGAGACCCGACUGGACACCCUCGACAGCUUCGGGUCGACCCGUGGCUCCCUGGACAAGCCCAGCUCCUUCCUGGAGGAAGCCGACUCACAGGACCAUCGUCCCCUGAGCGGUACUCAGAGACCAGCCCCCUCGGUGAGUGACUCGCCAGAGCCUUCCAUGCCCAACACCGCCUUGCUCAUCAAGAACCCCUUGGCUGCCACCCACGAGUUCAAGCAGGCGUGCCAGCUCUGCUACCCCAAAACAGGCCCCAGGGCGGGCGACUACACCUACCGUGAGGGCCUUGAGCACAAGUGCAAGCGGGACAUCCUGCUCGGCCGCCUCCGGAGCUCCGAGGACCAGACCUGGAAGCGGAUCCGGCCCCGGCCAACCAAGACCAGCUUCGUGGGCUCCUACUACCUGUGCAAAGACAUGAUUAACAAGCAGGACUGUAAGUACGGGGAUAACUGCACCUUCGCCUACCAUCAGGAGGAGAUCGACGUGUGGACGGAGGAGCGGAAGGGCACCCUCAACCGCGACCUGCUCUUCGACCCGCUGGGGGGCGUCAAGCGCGGCAGCCUCACCAUCGCCAAGCUCCUCAAGGAGCACCAGGGCAUCUUCACGUUCCUCUGUGAGAUCUGCUUUGACAGUAAACCCCGGAUCAUCAGCAAAGGCACGAAGGACUCUCCGUCUGUCUGCUCCAACCUGGCUGCCAAGCAUAGCUUCUAUAACAACAAGUGCCUGGUGCACAUCGUCCGCUCCACCUCCCUCAAGUACUCCAAGGUCCGCCAGUUCCAGGAGCACUUCCAGUUCGACGUGUGCCGCCACGAGGUGCGCUACGGCUGCCUGCGGGAGGACAGCUGCCACUUCGCCCACAGCUUCAUAGAGCUCAAAGUCUGGCUGCUGCAGCAGUACUCAGGCAUGACCCACGAAGACAUCGUCCAGGAAUCCAAGAAAUACUGGCAGCAGGUGGAGGCACACGCAGGGAAGGCCAGCAGCAGCUUGGGUGCCCCGCGGACCCAUGGGCCUAGCACCUUUGACCUGCAGAUGAAGUUUGUGUGUGGCCAGUGCUGGAGGAACGGGCAGGUGGUGGAGCCUGACAAGGACCUCAAGUACUGCAGCGCCAAGGCCCGGCACUGCUGGACCAAGGAGCGGCGGGUCCUCCUGGUGAUGUCCAAGGCCAAGAGGAAGUGGGUGUCGGUGAGGCCACUGCCGUCCAUUCGCAACUUCCCACAGCAAUACGAUCUCUGCAUCCAUGCGCAGAACGGCCGCAAGUGCCAGUACGUGGGGAACUGCUCCUUCGCGCACAGCCCGGAGGAGAGGGACAUGUGGACGUUCAUGAAGGAGAACAAGAUCCUGGACAUGCAACAGACCUACGACAUGUGGCUGAAGAAGCACAACCCAGGGAAGCCGGGGGAAGGGACGCCCAUCAGCUCUCGGGAGGGGGAGAAGCAGAUCCAGAUGCCCACGGACUACGCCGACAUCAUGAUGGGUUACCACUGCUGGCUCUGCGGCAAGAACAGCAACAGCAAGAAGCAGUGGCAGCAGCACAUCCAGUCUGAGAAGCACAAGGAGAAGGUCUUCACGUCUGACAGCGACGCUAGUGGCUGGGCCUACCGCUUCCCCAUGGGCGAGUUCCGGCUCUGCGAAAGGCUCCAGAAGGGCAAGGCCUGCCCGGACGGGGACAAGUGCCGCUGCGCUCACGGGCAGGAGGAGCUCAACGAGUGGCUGGACCGGCGCGAGGUGCUGAAGCAGAAGCUGGCCAAGGCCCGCAAGGACAUGCUUCUGUGCCCACGGGAUGACGACUUUGGAAAAUACAACUUCCUGCUGCAGGAGGACGGGAAUGCCACUGGUGCCGCCCCAGAAGCCCCUGCUGCUGCCUCCGUCACUGGGGAGUAGACCAGCUCCUGGCCGUGGGUGAAGUCCUAGGAUCGGGGGCAGGGGUGGGCACGGAGCGCCUGAUAGGAGGGCCGGGGCAGGCCAGGGCUGGGGCUGGGGCCCCCAGCCAUCCUCUCUGCCCCCACUGCCCCAGUGCAUACCCAGGUGCACGAGCUGCAGCCCCACUCGGUCCCAGGGUCCUCAUCCUGCUGAAGCCCUGGGCAGGUCCUCCCCUCCCCCACCCCGGCUCUCCUGGUUGCGGAGGGAGGGGCCUGGUUGACCCCUCCAGCUUCAGCCUACAGCUUUAACUUCCGUCUACUCCUAAAGGGGGCCCAGCGCUCAGGGCUGGGGAGCGUGGGGUCCCCACUUGAAUCUGCAGCAGAAGGGUCCUUCCCCCUGCCCCACCCUCACCCCUCCCCACCUCCCCUGGGGGCAGAUCAGGAUAGACCAGAGGGCAGGAGGCCCCACCCAGCUUUAAAAUGCAGCCCCAGGUUGGACUGGGGAUACUGUACAAGUCACUUACCCUCUGGGGCCUCAGUUUCCCCUCUGGUUGGAAGAGUGGGAGGGGCUGGGCUACAUGAUCUCUGGAGCCUGACCAAGGAGCGUGGCUCUCUGGUGAGACCACCAGCCCAGCCCCUCUCCUUUGUGGGCCGCUGAAUGUAGAUUGUAGGUCGUCAGAGGCUUCAGAGAUGACCCAGCCCAGACCCCCAUUUUGCAGAUAGAAAAACAGGCCUAGAAGGAAGGAGUUCUCUACCCAGCAUCUCCAGCCCACAGCGCGGUAGAGCUGGAAUGCAAACUGCGGUCACAAGACUCAGGGCCAGUUAUCAGCUGGAGCCUCCAGGCUCUUGGCAGGGAUGUGACAGUCUCUGAAUCAGCUGGGAUCCCGGCAGCACCGCCCAGGGGUUGGUUGUGUCAGCGCCCUGUAGAGGGACAGUCCCCUCUGAGGAUGGUCCUAAGGAGUAUAGCAGCAAAGGUCACUUCCCCAUGGCCGCUCCCAGAGAGGUGGUACCUGGCAGGGCACCCAUGGGCUCAGGUUCUGCACGAGGUACUGGGGGGAUUGGGAGGGUGGGCGGUCAGGGGACAUGGAGAGAAGGGAGACUUGACCGUGGGCAGCAUGGGCUACUCCAGGAUCGGACACAGCCCCUCUUUCUUGGGAACUCAGAAGAGUCCUUUCCCUUUCUCCCCUAGACCCAGACAUACAAUUAGGACCAUCCAUCCCAGCCCCUCCCUGGUCCCGACCCUGCCAGCUGCCUGGGACCCCAGUUGACCCCCAACCCCUGCCCCCCCCAGCCCUCUCCCAUCCCUCUCGUCUGACGUGUCUGCGUGCACCCCCUCCUCUCCAUCCCACCCCUUGUGGGCAGACCCAGCCUCCCCUGGUUCCCUAGACAUUCCAGAACGCCCCACACUAUUGGCACAAGGGGUGGGGCCCCCCGGAAGGAGCUGGGGAUCGAGGCUGGAGUUGGUGGGAGGGUGAGACAGAGAGAAUGGAAUACCCUUUAUUUCUCCUUAAACAAGCAUUUCGAGUGUGCGUUGAGAUGAUGGCGGGCACCCUGGGCCGCAGAGAACCCUGUUCUUCUCGCUGCCACUGCCCAACCUUUUCCUGAUAAUUGUGGCAUGCAUCCUUUCCUCUCCCUGCCCCUUCCCCCAGCAGGCCAGCACUGCGGAGUUUGGGUGCUGGUGGUGUGGCUGGAGGGGAGGAGAGACCCAAGGUGGGGCCUGUGGCCGUGAAUGUUGAUGACACUUGUUUUCCCUGAUCCGUGCUGUUGCAGUCUGUCGUCACCAGCCUUGUUUUUAGUGUGUAUAUAUGUCGCCCCCGUGAUGCAUAUAUACACAGGUAUUAAAUAUAUCGCUCUAUAUAAUAUUACAUAUGUGUGUGGUAUCCAAGGAAUCACUUCUAAUGAGGGCUAAAGAUAAAGAAUUUGGCCGGAAAAUGCAGCCAUCCUGGCAUAAUGAGGAGGGACUUUCAGGGUCAUCAUGCCAUUUGGAAGGACUGAGGGACUGGAGCGAGGGGUCAGAGGUGAUAUGGGCAGCGGGGGCAGAAGCGGCCCCUGCCUGGGCCCAGCUCCGCCUGAUGGCGUCCAGACCACCCCAGCCUAGUGGGGAGAGAGCACGAGUGCUCGGGGAAGGAAAAGGAUUGGUUUUUGUCUCCCACCCAAAAGAAUAGGAUUAGAAUCCGGAUUUUUCUUCUCCAUCCUGUUAUCCCUGCAGGGGCCUUGGGAUGUGGUGCUCCCUGGCUUGGCCAGAGCUGGCUCCCCCGCAGGCUUGGAAGAAAGCGAGGGGCAGGCGGGGAGUAGGAAGUAGAGGCGUGGCACAGCACACUUUGAAUGAUGAGUGUGAUUAUUUCACUUGUGACUCGGAGAGGCUCAGAGAGUUGGAUCGGGCCUGUGUCCCCCGGCGGCAGGCAGGGACAAGACAUCACGGCAAAUAUGGUGAGGGGGGACAGGCACCCUUGAUGUGAGUGUCCCUUUGGGAUGGGGCAAAGAGGGAUGCUGCGUUUCUCAGCUGGGCAGUGAUAAAUUUAAUGGUCCUUUAAAAAUGUCUGUGUAUUAAAAAAUUUAAGAAUACCACACUUUAAUAUUAAAUAUUCAUAAGGUCUAGUAUCUUGAUAAUAAUGUAGAUGUUUUAAUAACAAUUUUUGUCCUUCUUAAAAUAAAAUGAAAGAAACUUCCUUCUUUUAGCCUUUGUUCUAGAAAAUAAACGUGUGCACUUUGACCUCUG